AUGGAUUCAAUUCAACAGCAUGACAAACAGAAUUACUACAAUGUUUAUGAAAAGUGUUUACUGCUGUGCGGACAAUGGCCUUAUCAGAAACCUCGCGAGAGAUUGCUCUACAUGAGUGUUAUCCUUACGUGGAUUCUUACUGUUUUUGUCGUACAGAUAGCGCAGUUUUUCGUAUGCGAGACGUUGGAUUGCACGUUGCAAACUUUGCCAUCCCAUAUGGUCCUAUGGAUAGUUAUAGUGAAACUAUUAACUUGUUAUUUCAAUAAUCAAAAAAUUAAAUAUCUCAUUGAACAAUUACAUGCGGAUUGGAAUAUUCUCGAAACUGAAGAAGAGUGGGAGAUUAUGAGGAGGUAUGCCAUGGAUGGCAGAUGGUACGCUUUGCUAUACGUCUUGUACGCUUACAUUGGUAUGUCUAUAUUCGCGUCAUCCGCGCUUUUACCCCGUAUCUUGGACGCUAUGUUUCCCCUGAACGAGACCCGUCCGUUAGUAAUGCCGUGUCCGGCAUACUACUUUGUCGACGAGACUAAAUACUUUUAUUACAAAUAUUUCCAUCUUCAAAUUGGCGGCAUGGUAUGUGUAAGCGGGCUUGUCGCACAUGAUUGCACCUUCUUAACUUACGUCCAACACGCCUGUGGCCUUUUCGCCGUUGUGGGAUUUAAGUUCGAACACCUAUUAUAUAAACGUAAUGGUACGAAGAAAUUUCUGAUUGAUACUUCGGAUGACGUGUACGUCAAAAAUAUUGCAUUUUCCAUACAAGCUCAUCAAAGAACUCUGCGAUUUGUUACCCUUGUCGAGGACACAUUCUCUUCAUCCUUCGCCAUACAAUUUCUGAUAAUCGUAAUUGCAAUGAGCUGUAGUUUGAUACAACUCUCGGUGGAAAUGCAAGGUGACGUGAUGGAAUUGAUAAGAUACUUUUUAUAUUUCGUAGGUCAGUUAUUCCAUUUAGUCAUUUUAAGCUUGCAGGGACAAAGAUUGACAGAUCAUAGUUUUGAAACACAUGCAAAAAUUUAUAAUGGAUUGUGGUACAACAUACCCGUAAAGUCGCAAAAACUACUGUUAUUCGCCAUGACAAAGAGCACGGAAUUUAUUUUCUUGUCAGCCGGAAAGAUAUACAUACUUUGUUUAGAAAAUUUUACAUUGAUCAUGAAAACUUCGGUCUCCUAUUUUACGGUAAUGUCAUCCUUCAGCGAGCCGUGA